AUGCCGCUCGUCUCAGAGGAUCUGAGUCUGCUGGUGCUCGUGGUGGACGUCAAUCCCUUCUUCUGGGCGCUGCGCCCGCCCUCCCUCCCCACCUUCCAUGACUUUCUCUCGCAGCUGCGUGUGUUCCUGAACGCGUAUCUGCUGCUGCACAGCGCCAACAGGGCUGCUGUCAUUGCCACUGGCCACUCCUGCUGGUCCGCAGCCGUUUCACAACUGCUCAGCUUCGCAACAGCAGAGACCGAGCGGGCAAAGCGAGAGGCAGCAGCAGGGACAGCGGAAGGGGGGGAGAGUGCAGGGAGAGAGGAUGGGGAUGGGGGCACGGAGAGAAUGGAGGGAGUGGAGGGGAAUGGGGCGAUGGAUAGGGAGAUGAGGGACAGGGAGGGGAGCCAAGAGGGGGGAGUGAGUGGGGGAAGAGAGGGUGGAGAGAGUGGGGGGAAGGGAUUAGUGGGGGAUCAAGCGUCGCUGCUGUCAGGGUCUUUGCGCCUCAAAGCAAGCGUCUCUGCUGUCAGGGUGCCUAUAGAUGCAUGUGCCAUUGGGGAGGCGGACUCUGCCUUUCUGCAGCAGGCGGCAUUCCUCACAGGAGGCCUCUAUCUGCACUCCACGCGCCCCAACGCCCUUCUCCAAGACCUCCUGCUGGUGUUUGGAGUGGAUCAGUUCUCUCGGGACUUCAUCACAUUGCCUCAGCCAUCAGCCGUGGACUUCCGAGCCUCUUGCUUCUGCCAUAAGCGACCAGUGGACAUGGGCUUUGUGUGCUCCGUGUGUCUUUCUAUCUUCUGCUCCCCUGCACGCACCUGUGCCACGUGCGGGUAA